AUGGCUUCAGUUCUCAUCAACCUCACCACCAUUCUCUCUCUAACUCUCCCUCUAAUCCUCAUCUUUGCCCGACCUCAUGUCGCACUCUCGACCGACCCUACUGAGGAUGACGACAGCUUCUAUGUGCUAGACGAGCCGCUGCCGAACCUCCGCUCCAGAAGCCGAUUCUUGGCAAGCAUCAUCAAGAAAGGCACGCACUGCGAUCCCGUCAAUGACAAUGUCUGCAACGGGAUCUCGGCAAACAACGGGACAAGCCUCCUGUAUUGUUGCAAGACCCAUUGCCGCAACGUUCUUGGGGACAGGAACAACUGCGGCGCCUGCAGCCAGAAGUGCAACCUCGGGGAGCUGUGCUGCAACGGGACGUGCAUUAACAUCGCGUACAGCACGGACAACUGCGGCAAGUGCAACAACAAGUGCUCGCCAGGGCAGACAUGCCAAUAUGGGACUUGCGGCUACGCUUAG